AUGAUCACAGAGAAAUUAGCAGAUUAUACAAAGGACAAACAAGUUGUCAAGUUAUUAAGCAACAAAAGAUCACAAGCAGUUGGAAUAUUAAUAUCUAGUCUUCGUUUAGAUAUGAAAGAAAUACAACAUGCUGUUGUGAACUUGGACAAUUCUGUGGUUGACCUGGAGGCUCUUCAAGCUCUCUAUGAAAAUAGAGCACAGUCAGACAAACUGGAAAAAAUUGAAAAGCAUGGCCAAUCCUCCAGAGACAAGGAAAGUGCCAAGUCUCUGGAAAAAUCGGAACAGUUCCUUUAUGAACUGUCACUAAUCCUCAACUUUUCAGAGCGAGUUUUUUGCAUCCUGUUCCAGUCCACAUUUUCAGAAAGCAUUUGCUCAAUCCAUCACAAACUGGAAUUGCUACAGAAAUUGUGUGAAACAUUAAAAAAUGGCCCAGGGAUUAGGCAGGCUCUGGGUUUGGUUCUUGCAUUUGGUAACUACAAGAAUGGUGGAAAUAAGACUCAGGGACAGGCGAAUGGCUUUGGAUUAGACAUUCUCCCCAAGCUGAAGGGUGUCAAAAGCAGUGACUCUAGCAGAAGCCUUUUGUCAUACAUUGUUUCAUAUUAUCUUCGAAAUUUUGAAGAGGACGCUGGAAAAGAACAAUGUGUCUUUCCACUGCCAGAACCACAGGAAGUUUUUCAGGCCUCACAGAUGAACUUUGAAGAUUUUCAAAAAGAUCUCAGAAAACUCAAGAAAGACUUGAAAGCCUCUAAAAUUGACCAGGAAGCAAAGGAAAAUUCACUGACAGAGACUCAUAAAUGCUUUCUGGAGACUACAGCCUAUUUCUUCAUGAAACCAAAAAUUGGAGAGAAGGAGGUGUCCCCAAAUGUUUUCUCCAGUAUCUGGCAUGAAUUCAGCUCUGACUUUAAAGACUUUUGGAAGAAAGAGAAUAAACUUAUUCUACAAGACAGAGUAAAAGAAGCUGAAGAACUGUGUAGGCAGAAAAAAGGAAAAUCACUUUAUAAAAUAAAACCAAGACAUGACUUCGGAAUUAAAGCAAAGACAAGCAUGAAAAUCCAAACAGGGGACAGAAGGAUGAAAAUGAGUCACUACAAUAACUUCCACAAAUUUCAGCUGAUCUGA